AAUUGUGCUACGGCUCCUCAUCCUCUAAUCACUGAUUAGAACACUUGUAGUAACGCUUCCGCGGCUACAUCACGCACGAAUUUUUUAAAGAGAACCAAAAAGCGCGCCCUCUUUCUAGUUAUCUCUCAGCCCUACAGUUGGUACCUUUGAAUUCGCCAUUACGUUUUUCGUGCGUUGCGAUCACGCUUGUUACGGACCAAGUUUCUCGUAGAAAUUUGGAAAAUUCACGUUUGUAUUAAUUAAUUUGUAACCUUUUUACCUCCUUUAUAGGCUAGGUAAUGGGGAAACAUAAACGAAGCCAUUCCCGUUCCUCGUCGCCACGGGACAAACACGUUUCUCGACGGGAGCUGAUGAAGCGUCUGGAAACGUUGGAACGUUUGAUGAGCCGGCGGUAUUCAAGGUCGCGCUCAGGUUUUUCUGAUAACAGAUCUCGGUCGCCGCGUAGUCCUCAGGAUACGCGAAUGACGACUCCCUCAGGGAGUAUGUAUUUUUCAUGGUACUGAUCGAGGCAGCCCGGCAAGGAGUGCUCUCGUUUCUCCUAGUAGCCCUAGUGCUCUUGUGAUUCAUAACGAUGAGGAAUUACCCGAGGAAAUACUGGAGUGUUUGGGCGAAGACCCGUCAAAAUUACCAGUAACUCAUAUCACAGUUCCUUCUAGUAUUGUAACACGCUGGACGCACGUGAUGUUUAAUGGUUUGCCAAAAGAGGACAAAGGUCAGUUAUUAAAAUUAUAUCAGCCUCCCGCAAACGGCGGUUUUAAGCCUCCACUUCUUAAUACAGAAGUUGAAGCAAUUUUUCCAACAACCUCGGUUAAAAAAGACAGAUACCAAGUUGCUUCGCAAACACAGAUGUUAGCGAGCUUAGGAGCCCACUCAGAGGCUUUAAAAUUAAUAGCUUCGUGUACCACUGAGUUACCCGAACCAUUUAAAAAACAACUGGGUAAAUUACUUUCCGAUUCGGCAAAUCUUAUUUCGGACCUCGUUUUUACGACGUCUCAAACAAGGAGACAUCUUUUGUUUCCUCUUCUUUCAAAACAGGUCAAGGAAUUAACACUUAAAGUUCCGCCCAGGGAAUUUCUCUUUGGAGCAAAUAUGGCAGACGAAUUACGUACGGCAAAAUCAGCAGAAAGGUUAGCAAAAGACCUGAAAGCUCCUUGCUCCACAUCGCAAAACCAGCAUAGGUUUUCAAAAAGUGAGGGGGGGGUAAAACAAUCCCAACCCCAACGCACACUAGGAUAUCAUAAUAAAAACACAAGUCGUAGUGCUUUAAACCGAAGGAGCCCGACUCGUCCACAGAGAGUAGGACAGAAGUCAACAGGGCGCUACUCUCAGAAAACGUACAAAAAGUAGUCCAGAAUCAUUAUUUAAAGAUUUCCUCUGGUGGGAGGCCAACAUAGGCAAUGCUUACUGCCCGAUCCGAAAAGACAAUUACAUAAUGGAAAUUUUUACGGAUGCUUCAGCUUCUGGUUGGGGUGCCUAUUCCAAGGGUCAGGGCACCCAUGGGUUUUGGGACUCCUUAGAUAAAAAAGAACAUAUUAAUUUUCUCGAAUUAAAGGCCGUCUUUUUUGGCCUCAGGUGUUUUGCAGCUGAAGCUGCUAGUUGCAAUAUACUUCUCCGAAUUGAUAAUACGACAGCUGUAGCAUACAUAAAUAGAAUGGGGAGCAUAAAAUACCCCAAACUGGCCUCCUUAUCACGAAAGAUCUGGCAGUGGUGCGAGUCAAAAAAUAUUUGGGUAUUUGCAAGUUACAUUAACUCUAAAGACAAUUUCUUAGCCGACAGGGAAUCGCGAACCCAGUCAACUGAAACAGAGUGGGAACUAAAUAAUCAGGACUACAAUACAGUUGUGUAUCAUUUUGGUCAACCAGAGGUUGACUUAUUUGCUUCAAAAAUUAACGCCAAAUGUAGGGAUUAUAUUUCGUGGCAUAGAGACCCUGAUUCCAUGGCAGUUGAUGCAUUCACAGUUUCAUGGAGUUGUUUUUUCUUUUAUGCUUUCCCACCAUUCUCGUUAAUAUUACGAACAAUUAACAAAAUUAUAACUGAUGAAGCUAGGGGUAUUCUUAUUGUCCCAAAAUGGACCUCUCAACCCUGGUAUCCACUACUGUCUAAGAUACUAGUGGAUAGGACAAACCCAUCCACUGGCAGAUUCCCUUACGUUGAUGGCAGGGAUUGUCUCCGGAAAGCGUAUCAACAAAGAGGUCUCCCAGAAGAAGCAGUAGAUACGAUGAUUAGGUCGAUAUCUCACACAACACUCAGACAGUAUCAAACCACAUAUAAACUUUGGUGGGACUACUGUACACAAACCAACACAGACUAUUUCAAUGCAACACCACAUCAAGUUAUCCAAUUUUUACAACAGCUUUUAGUUACAAAGUCCCAUAACUCCGGAACUUUUAAUUCGCAUAGAUCUGCCUUAUCUUUAUUGUUAUCAGGAAACAUAGGCAACGAUAGUGAUCUAAAACGAUAUCUUAAGGGAAUAAUGAGGUUAAGACCAACGAAGCCAAAAUAUUCAACAACCUGGGAUCCUGCUCCAGUAGUAAAAUAAUCAUGCAUUGUUUUGGCGAUCCAAGCCUAUAUCAAUAGGACCGAAGAGUUACGCAACUUGGAGGAUUUCCUAUUUAUUACAACGAAGAAGCCGUUUAAGAAAGCAAGCACAAACACUAUUAGCAGAUGGAUAAAGAACACCCUGCAUGAAGCGGGCGUUGACACUUCUGUUUUUAGUGGACACUCUACUCGUCAUGCUGCAACAUCUGCAGCUGUCCGCAAGGGCAUUUCAGUAGAGAUCAUUCGUCAAAAUGUUGGUUGGACAGCAACGUCUCGUGUUUUUGAAACUUUCUACAAUCGCCCCUUAGCAACAGGGGACAACAUUUGUAAUGCUAUCCUGUCCUGAGACAUUCAGGCCAAUAGCAUCUUUUUCGAUUUAAUCGAAUUUGUUCUUUACAAUAAUAAGCAAUAAACAGCUUUAAACAUCUACAA